CCGGUGCCCAGGCACCGCCGCCUCCUCCCGGCUGCCCUUCUUAUUUUAGUCCUAGCUGCCGCCGCCGGGCGCGGGGCCCGCCUGGAGCUGGGGGCUGAGCGCAGGGGCCCAGAACUGACCCCCCCCCCCGACCGGGGUUGCUGGCACCCACCCCGAAUAAGAAGGGGUAGCCGAAGCAGCCUGGUCAGUUCCAGCGUCCCAGACUCUUAGCCUCCUAGCCAGAGUCCGGCUCGGAACUGAAACUUUUGUCAUGCAACCCUGGAGCUUGUGCCGAGAGAAAGAAAAAGGGCAUGAUCAUCCUUCCAGUAACCCAGGUUCACAACUUUGGAGACUUCCUGGAUUUCCCAGUCUGCCUUUCUCUGCAUAUCCAGUCAGCUACUAAGGCAGAUCAUACCGUGCCAUGUAAGGACUGAAUCCAAAAUGGGAGGUCAACUAAAACUACAGAAAUUAGGAUGGUUUCCUGAAUGCUUUCACUGCCAUAAAGACUGAAGGUCUCCAUGUGAGUCCCAAAUACAAGAUGUUCCUGGCCUCGUAACCAGUUAGAUCUGAAGAUGGCACCCCAAGAGACUCAUUUCUCUGCUUAACAGCGAUCAAAAAACAGAGCCCAUCCCAGCCAGCCAUGGGAGAAAAUGCGAGCAUCUGGUGGAACUUGCUAGGCGAGCAUCCACUCUGCACGGCCUGGAAGCAAGAAGCAGAAGGGUCCAUUUAUCAUCUCGCUAGUAUCUUAUUCAUAGUUGGCUUCAUGGGAGGGAGCGGAUUCUUCGGGCUCCUCUACGUAUUCAGCUUGCUUGGAUUAGGCUUCCUCUGUUCUUCAGUCUGGGCCUGGGUAGAUGUCUGCGCGGCUGAUAUAUUCUCCUGGAACUUUGUCCUAUUCGUCAUCUGCUUUAUGCAGUUCGUCCACGUGGCGUACCAAGUCCGCAGUGUCACCUUUGACAAAGAAUUCCAGGAGCUCUACAGUUCUCUGUUCCAGCCCCUGGGAAUCACAUUGCCCGUUUUCAGGAAGAUUGCUUUGUGUUGCCAAGUGGUCUCAUUGGAAAAGGAGCAUUGUUAUGCCAUGCAGGGCAAAACACCAAUCGAUAAACUCUCUUUACUUGUGUCAGGAAGGAUCAGAGUGACGGUGGAUGGAGAAUUUCUGCAUUACAUUUUUCCUCUUCAAUUCCUGGAUUCUCCUGAAUGGGAUUCACUCAGACCCACAGAGGAGGGCAUUUUUCAGGUAACCCUCACAGCAGAGACAGAUUGUCGGUAUGUGGCUUGGAGGCGAAAGAAACUGUAUUUGCUCUUUGCUCAGCAUCGUUUCAUCUCCCGCCUGUUUUCUGUUUUAAUUGGCAGUGAUAUUGCUGAUAAACUUUAUGCUUUGAAUGACAGGGUGAAUAUGGGGAAAGGCCAUCGAAUUUUCACAAUGAAUCACACAGAUCCCAGUUCAUUGAUUGAAUUAACAACAAGAGGUCUUACAUCUGAAUUUGAAAACCUUGUGCCUGUCCCCUCCAAUGACACCAGUUGUGAAAACUGGCGAGAAAUACAUCAUCUGGUUUUCCAUGUAGCAAAUAUCUGUUUUGCAGCGGCAUUGGUUAUUCCAACUACUUUGACUCUUCAUAUGAUAUUUCUUAGAGGGUUAUUAACUAUAGGAUGUGCACUUUUUAUUGUCUGGGCUACACUGUACCGGUGUGCCCUGGACAUAAUGAUCUGGAAUUCUGCAUUCCUGCUUAUCAACUUGUUGCAUUUUCUGUACCUAUUGUACAAAAAGAGACCGAUAAAGAUUGAAAAGGAACUCACUGGUGUAUACCGGCGAAUGUUUGAACCACUACGUGUACCCCCAGAAUUAUUCAGAAGAUUAACUGGACAGUUUUGCAAUAUCCAGACCCUGAAAAAGGGCCAGACCUAUGCUGCAGAAGAUAAAACAUCAGUGGAUGACCGUCUGAGUAUCUUAUUGAAAGGAAAAAUGAAGGUCUCCUAUCGAGGACAUUUUCUGCAUAAUAUUUACCCCUGUGCCUUUAUAGAUUCCCCCGAAUUUCGAUCAACUCAGAUGAACCGAGGUGAAAAAUUUCAGGUCACUAUUGUUGCAGAUGAUACUUGUAGAUUCUUGUGCUGGUCAAGAGAGAGAUUAACCUUUUUUUUGGAAUCAGAACCUUUCCUUUAUGAAAUAUUUAGAUACCUUAUUGGGAAGGAUAUCACAAAUAAGCUAUAUUCCUUGAAUGAUCCCACAUUAAAUGAUAAGACUGCCAAAAGUUUGGAACGCAAGCCUAGUCUUUGCUCACAGAUUUCAGUGAUGCAAAUGAGAAACAGUAUGGCUAGUACAAGUGACAGUGAAGACGGCUUACAACAUUUCCUCCGGGGGACAUCCACUGCAUCCUCUAUUCGAUCACCCUCCCCAUACCUGAGAGCCUCUGAAAAAAUGAAGCCCAUUGAAGAAGCUGUUGAAGACGAUGUCUUUGAGCCCGAAUCUCCAAUUAGAGUUAAAGUUCGUUGAUUGUAUCCAAGCAUAAAAAGAAUCAUGGAGGAUUUGUUGUUCUGGUCAGUUAAAAAAAAAUGUCAUCCUGAAGAGAAAAACUAUCAGUACUUUUUUUUUUAAGCUUUCAAAUUGUCCCAUCAUUAUACAUCCAGAUUGUUGAAAUCUGGGGGUCAAUGAUGAUAUUAAGAUUUUUUUAACUAUUUUUUCCCCUUUUUUACUGUUCAACAUUUUAUUGGUUUAUUUUACUCUGCUUCUUGAUUUAGCAAAGUUUUAUUUUGACCUACAAAUAUUUGUGUUUUCUAGACAUGUUAUAACUUAGUCAAUAUUCUUAUUAUCAAUUGCUAUAGAACUUCCCAUCAUUUCUUUAAUUGCUUAUGUUUAUGUAUUUUGUGGUUAUGACAUUCUUUACAUAUAUUCCCUCAUCUGAUUCUCACAUCUCUGAGGUAGGUAGUGCAAAUACAUAUUACUUUCUCUAUUUUUCAGAGGAAGAAACUGAGACUUAGAGAGGUUAUGUGACUUGCUGAAAGUCACACAUCUAGCAAUUGGUGGAGCCUAGAAUUGAACUCAGUCUUUGGAUUCCUACAAUAAACUUUCUAAUAUAUUUUGUGAAACACCAAAACUAGCAAGGAUCAAACAGGGCUUUGCCCCAUCCAGGGCACUAAAAUUGAAAUAGAGGCAUAUUUUUCACCCACAGAGGUGACCACCAUUCACACUUUUUGCCUUAUGAUCCUCUGCCAGGAGGUUAGUAUGUGAUAUGGACAUCAUCCCUUUCUAAUAGCCUUGUCUCCAGUAUAAGAUUUUUGUUGUUGUUUUGUCAUAAAUAAUAAUCAAUUCAUCAUCAUGAAGCAUUGUGUUAAGGCAACAAUCUCUUUAACUUAUUCAAAAGACAAUUUUGAUCACAUUAAGUUAUUGUGAAUUUACUUAGGUUAUCUAUGUGAAGCCUCUAGAUUUCUUUUUUUUCCCCUUGGGCAGAAUUAAUUGGUAAUUUCAGAGAAAUGAUUAGCUUGAUUGUUAUGGGUUACUCCCCAGUCCCCACCCCAAUCCUCUCUAGAAUAACCUACUUUUUCCAUUUCUAAAAUGACUACUUUGGCCCUAUGUAGGCAGCCUGAUCAGAAUAAAACUUAUCACAGGUAAAAUUGGAACUGGCUGGAAUUCACACUCUCCAUCAUGAUAGAGUUUAGCAUUCUGAUUAUAAAGUGGUUGCCAGGCCUAGAGGAAAGUAAUAUUGAAUUUGUUUCCCAUCAUUCUUCUCUAUCCACUCUCUUAUAACUAACCAUUUAUUUUUUUCUCUUCUGCCCUCCAACCCAAAGGACUAGUAUCAUCAUGCCUUUUGGAACCUGAGGGAGAGAAAUUGGAAAAACAGAAGAAGCCAGUGUUAAUGGGGGCAAGGGAGGAAGAGGGUGUUGCCAAAUAAAUCAUAGACUACCAAGAUUAACUUCAUCUUAUUUUCUUUUCAGAAUUCUCAUCCUGGGGCUUCUCCUUAGCCAUAUCUUUCUUUAGUAUAUGGAUUAUAUAUCCAAAAUUAGAACCCCAGACUUGUUCUCACACAUAAUAAACAAUCAAUAAAAAGCCAUUUUAGAGAAUGUGAUUUUGAGUUAAGUUUUCAUCUGUUAACUAGAAUUGUUACUGGAAAUGGUGGCAUCCCAGUGGUAGGGUCACAGUAUGGCUUGGUCAAAUUGAAUGAUGGGUUGGUGGUCAUCAGUGAAGCAGACCAGCCAGGAUAAAUCCUACAAAGUGGUCUUGCCAACAUCCAUUUGUAUUUUGAACCCUUGGACUUCAUCCCCCAGAAGUCCUUCAAUAUAUCCCAGAAUUUCUCUCCUCUCUCCACCAUGUUGUGUGGUCACAUUUGUAUUUAAGUUUGCUGUAAUUCCUCUCUCGUGCUCUUCUUUCAUGAGUGGGCUGGAUUUAGGUAGUUCUUUUUACUUUAGUUAUUAUUAAUAAAACUUUUAAAAUAUGAUACUUUAGUUAUUAUUUAUUAAUUUUAAAACACACAUUUAUUUAUUUAUUUCACAUAUACACAGACACAGGCUGAGGCAGUCCUUUAUUAAAUAUAUUCAUGUAUGUGUAUCUAUGUAUAUGUUUAUUUGUGUGUAUACUCGCACAUUUCCACACCCCAUCAAACCUAAACUCCCAAGCCAGUUAAAUAAUUUAAUUUUGAACAAACUCUCACUCUGGGUCAUUUGUGGAAGAUGUCACACAUAACAGCAACCUUUUCAUAUAGAUGACAUGCAAAUUACACAUUGAUUCAAUUUGGUAAGUCAAGGUAUUCUUAAAUUUGGGCUCUUCUUUAAGCAAUACAAACAAGCCUUUUACCCAUUUUUUGAUAAUGUAUUCCUCUUUACAUGCCUCUGGUUCAUCUCCUUUGCCCAUUUUUUAUUGGGGGGUAUCGAAGAGGAGAGGAAGGAAAUGAGGCCUUGAAUUUCAUUAGCAAAUUUCCAAAAAGGAAAAUCCCUCAACUAAAGCAUAUAGGCAAAGGCUUACCCAAAGGUCAAAUGACUUACCCAUGGUCUUAGAACCAUAUAAAAGGCACUAUAAGUGCUACUUAAACCAAGUCUUCCUGACCCUGGACUGCUCUUCAUCUACCAGACUGUCUCUCUUCUGAAUGUUUACAAAGAGCUUCAUUCUACAAGAAUUUCUCCAUAUAUCAGAAAGGCAAUAGCUUCCUUUCUACUUCACCAAUGGGAUGUGAAUUUUAGCCAAGUUACCUGGCCCUUCUUUCAGUUACUAAAACAUUAAAAUUGUAGACUAAAAUGACUAAUUCAUUUUGCAUAUUUUUACCAUUUUUUAAAUCAGAGAUUAUUUUUGCAAAUGGAGGUUCCUGGGAAUGUAGUCGUGUUUUUUGAGAAUUUAAAUCGCUUGGCAGGUAAUCAAAAACAAUUAUACCGCUAUUUUAAGAUGGAAUUUGAGACAUCUUUUCUUUAACAAUUGGGAUAAGACAUAUCAGCUCUAAGUUUUAGAAGACUAAUUGACAAAAUCACUCCACAGACUGUCACCUAAACCAAUUUGACAUAAUGGUCCCUGGUAUGCAAAUCAUUUUAAAUUGGAAAUAAACAGAUGGGAGUUGGGGGCAGAGUGCUGCUGGGUCAAGAUUUUACAUGGACUGUUGAAUCUAGGGGAGCUUGAAAUCAAUCUCUCCCCUUCCCUUCAAGCAGUAUUUGCUUUUGCUCUCCCAGACAGAUGAGCGGGUAAUUACUUAAAAUUAACUUGGAAGAGUUUUUUUUUUUUUUAAUUUUCUGCCACUUUGGGAGUAAAUCUUUAAAGGUGCAAGCUGCUGAGAUGAAUAAAUUUUAGAGCACUGGUGGGUUGUUUUUAUUUUUUUGUUAAUAUAUGAUGUGUCUGUCCAUAAAGAAUGAUGAAUUAAGAUUUGAAAUUUUUUAAAGCUCUGAACCUGAACAGGAAUCAUGAACCUGCGAGGAAAGAAAAUGUAAAAGAAAUAAGAGAACGAGCUAGGUAUUAACUGUCGUGAAUAGGCUGAAAAACAACACAGAGCAUGGGGGUUUCAGGAAAGGAAGAAAAGACUCGUAAAUAUAUGAUACUUUUCUUAGAGGCCUUUAAAAUGAAAAAUGUGUCACUUAACUAUACAAAUGUGUAUGAAACAUAGCUACUAUCAUAAAAUGGAUGGCAUGUUUUCAGAGUCACUGGGGAAUUGAUUUAAGCUGUUGAAUGUAUAAUCUAUUCUAAAUAUGUUAUUAAUAGAGAUUGUAAGUUUCUUAAGGGCAACGAGUGCUUUGUUUUAUCUUUGUAUCCCCCUUCUCUACUACGGUAUCUAACACAUAGUAAAUACUUAAUAAAUGCUUGGAAUUGUCUAAUUGAUAUCAUCAGAUAUACCCUGUGUUUGAAUAUGAAAUAAAGUGAAUCCUGGCAAUA